GGACUACUAUGCAGCCAUGCAAAAUAAGCGUAACCUAGCGCUUGUAAACAAGGCGUGGAACCGCCAUUUGCAGCAGUUCUUGUACGAGUUUGUAUGGAUCAGCCGCGCCAGCCAGGCUAAAGCACUUGCUUUGACACUCCUCACACACUACAUCGACGGUAAAGUCUCAAGCGGGCAGUACAUUCGCCGCUUGCAUAUGGAGACACCUGGCCUGAAACGCUGCGCUCCUGAUGAUAUUCGCACCAUUCUCGACUACGCGCCAUACAUCGUCAUUUAUUCUGAUCACCGCUCUGUCCGCUGCAGUCGCUACUCUGACCUUGGAGAUCUUCGGUGUUCCCCAGAACAAAUGUUUUCCGCACUUGCCCACCCAAACAGCAAACUCCGUCGGCUAUCAGUUACCAAUUACUGCGAUGAGCCCUUCCCGCAUCUGAUGUCACCCAUGCUCCAACACACUGCCGCCAGUCUUGAAUACCUCGAGCUCUCUUCCUUGAGUUUCCCUCUCAUCUCUCGUGAUUCCCUCGAACAACUCCCGUCUGAUAUCGUCGCCCUUCCCGUCCUACAAUCCCUCAAGCUUACACUCGAUAACGUCACCUUUGCCGUCCUAGCAGCGUGGGACAUGCCAAACUUGCGUAACGUUUCUGUCGUUUCGACUGAUUUUAGCUAUACCGGUCCUGGUUUUGCACAAUUCUUCCGUGCACAUGGUGCCAAGCUACGCCAACUUGAGCUUGGCCAUUCUUCUUCGCUCAUCGAAGAGUAUUACCUCGCUUUACCACCCCGCCCCCAAUCACCUAUCCCUCUGGCCGAGUGGUGUCCCGAAUUGCGUGAAUUCAUCUGCUCUGCUGACGCAGAAUGGAACUGGCAAACCCCUGACUGGAUUGCGCCACACGUCCUUCUCCCCGCGCAUCCCCGAAUCGAGUUUAUCGGCAUCCGAGACAUCGAUAAGCGCCUUGAAGAUGAUGCAAGUGCGUUCCCCGGCAAUGAAGCCGACGACGCGCCAUUCUUCCCUCUCGUUGAACAAUUAUCCUCCCUCCUUCAUGCAGAAGCAUUCCCUUCGCUGCGCUACAUCCGCGACCUUAGCCGCGCAUCUCAUACCAUGCGUACGGCCCAUCCACAAAUGGGAGUUAUCAAAUUCUGGGCCAAGAUUCUAUCACGGUGUCGCGAGCGCCAAGUAUGGCUGGAGGAUUUCCGUGGUAUUAACAUCACCCAGCGCGAUCUUCAGCGCGCCGGACUGGCGCUAGCGCAGAACAAUCAGGGAGCUUCGAUAAACUGGGCAUAAUUAGCGGCUUGCUGUGCCUUUAAUAUACCCCGAGAGCUUGUCUCUGAUAUCGUCCUUCCAUUUACUCUUUCUCUUCUUCUCUGUUUCAUUAGAUCAGCGCCCAUCUCUUUUUCUGUGUGUUUCCCCCUUUAUACUCAUUAUAUGCCAUUCAUCACUGUCUGAUCUAUCUUCGCAUUCCUCCCGAACGAUUGUGUAGCCCAUUGUCCCGUACUGUAUCUUUUAUACACUCAUUCUCCCCAGAAUUCUUUUUUAUCCACAUGUGCAUCAUUUCUCUUCAUCGUGCCCCAUAAAACUUUUUCCGUUCAUGACUUUUCAUGUGCUUUACGUUGUUAUGACCUUCCUGCUUUCUUUGGAUACCUGUCAAUGGACGGUCACUUCAAAUUUUAAGUUUCUAAAAUCGGACUGCAGCAUAUUGGUUUUGUACGAUUGCAUCUAUAUUCUCAUUGUAGUGUGUUUCGAAUCAGACGUUUGAAUAAACACAGUUGCAAUAAGAAUAGACUACACCUCCGUCUACAAUUUGAGGGUGCUUUAUAUUUUGUUAUCAAGGUUCAAACGUUCUCAGCUCAGCCAUUUUCGAAUCUGCGAAUUUCAUGAUC